UUCCGUUUUCCCAGACCUUAUCCAUUGCCAUGUCUCUACCAACGACCGUAGAUGCAGUUGCGAUAUCCAAGACUGGAGACUUUGAUGUCAUCGAGAAGGCUACACUGCCUUUUCCAAAAGUCCAUCCUGAGGACAUCGUUGUAAAGGUGGAAUACUUUGGUGUCAACUUUAUCGAUACGUAUUAUCGGAAAGGGCUGUACCCCAUUGAAAAAUUCCCCGCCGUCCUGGGAACAGAAUCAGCAGGAAUCAUCGCUGCCCUCCCAACCGACGAAACCGUCCUGAACGACCCCGAUUACAAGAAGAGGAACUACACCAUAGGCAGUAAAGUCCUCGUCUACGGGCUGGGCGCGCACGCGACGUACGUCUCCGUCCCCUGGACAAAAGCGCACGCCGUCCCAGACUCCAUCGGGACCAACAUCGCCGCCGCGUGCGGCGUGCAGGCCCUCACCGCUCUGACCUUCCUCACCGAGUCGUACAACGUCAAGCAAGGCGACGUCAUCCUCAUACACACCGUCGCCGGCGGCCUCGGUUUGCUCAUGACCCAGCUGGCGAAGCACCGCGGGGCCACUGUCAUCGGUACGACGUCGACAGAGGAGAAAGCCGAGUUUGCGAAAGCCAACGGUGCUGAUCAUGUUAUCCUUUAUCCUGUGGAAGAUACGGUUGAACGCGUGCUGGAGAUUACGAAGGGUGAAGGUGUUCAUGCGGUUUUUGAUGGGGUCGGGAAAGACACAUUUGAUAAUAAUUUGAAGCUGCUGAGGCGAAAAGGCACGCUGGUGUCUGUCGGUAACGCGUCUGGCGCCGUUCCGCCAAAGUCUCCGUUGGUGCUGACAAGUGGGAACUUUGCCCUCCUGCGCCCUACGAUGGGUAAUUAUAUCGUGACGCCGGAAGAAAAGUAUCACUACACCACUGGGGUAUUCGACCUCAUCGCGAAGGGAGUUUUCAAGAUCAAUAUCUUUAAGGAGUAUCCUUUCACGGCAGAGUCUGUCCGACAGGCACAGAAGGAUUUGACGGGCGGGAAGACUAUUGGGAAACUAUUGAUAAAGGUGUGAUUAUUAUAUGGGUGAUAAUCGAACGAAAUACAAAGGAGAUUUUUUUUGUACAUUAUUUCAUUUAACAUGCGUGUAAUCUGACUUGGAUCUUGG